AUUAUUCUCGCACUCAUUACUUUAUUAGGGCUUUCCCCGGACUCCCUUAUCAGAUUCCUGCACUCGCUCUGCUCCAUUACUAUAUUUGUACGUGUUUUCCAAACACUGGGCCAGUCGCUGCAGUGACGCCGAGAGCCACUUCGGCAUGUUUCCUCUCAGUUUACAUUCUUCGCACUAACACAAGCUGAAGGCACGCAGGAUGCCGGGAAUGUCCCACUUGUAUCCCCAUGCCACGUCUUUUGUCCAUUGAAACACUCUAAUCUGGCCUCAAGUGAUGGAGCAGACACCUCAACAUGAACGCGGACCGACUGCGAGCAUGACCAGCGAGCAACUUUCUGCUAUCGACGAUGAGGACGUUCUCAACAAAAUGCUGGACAAUGCUGUAGACUUUGAAGAGCGGCGUCUCAUCCGCGCCGCGUUGAGGGACCUACUGAAGAAAAAGCGAGACAAGCGGGAGCAGGAGCGAGGGUCUCGGCAGCAGGACUUGAGGCAGCAGGGCCUCAGCAAAGGAGGCGCACCAGGCGGGGGAUUUGUGGGCACAGCGAGGGCACCCAUGAACCAGCAGCUGACAACCAACAGUCGACCAGCCUCCUCCGUGACAGCAGGCGGUAAGACGGGUACUGCUCAAGCCGCCCAGAAGUGUCCCCCCUCUGCAGCACCCAAUGCUAAAAACGUCAAACAGAUGCUUCUGGAUUGGUGCAAGGCAAAAACGGAGCCAUAUGAGGGGGUGGAUGUCCGCAACUUCUCCUCCAGUUGGAAGGACGGCAUAGCCUUCUGUGCCUUGGUACACCGCUUCUUCCCUGACGCCUUCGAAUAUUCCAUCCUGAACCCUCACAAGCCCCGGGACAACUUCCGGCUGGCUUUCAGCACGGCAGAGAGGCUGGCCGGCUGCCCCCCUCUGCUGGACCCUGAAGACUUGGUCCGGAUGAAAGAGCCCGACUGGAAGUGCGUUUACACGUACAUCCAGGAGUUCUACCGCUGUCUGGUGGAAAAGGGCCUGGUCAAAACAAAAAAGCGUGUUUAGGGUCUGUCUAUCAUGGGACAGCAUUAAGUAUAGUGAAGUAGACACACUAAGUGCUUUUUUCAUUUCAACACAACAUAUUCAUACUGCUUGGUUAUUGUUUGCCAUCAAGAAACGGAAGGCAUAGCUUUUGAACAUCGUCAUUACUGGACACUUCAUUAGGUACAACCACACAGUCUAAAUGUGAGAUGAGAAUUGCAAAGUUUACCUAUACACAGAUAAUAAAGUACACUUUAGAGUGACAUUGUCAGUCAAGUUCCGUGACGAUGACACGUUGUAGCCAGAUUUUCUAGGUAAAGCGGGGUAUGCGUAUACCGAUAAUCCGGCCUCAUUUGUGCAGUUCCCCCUUUCCCAAUAGAAGUCAGCAAAGACCCAAUUAUCGGAUGUCUCUAAAAUAUUAUCUUGAGCAAUUAUCCUGUGGUGUAGGGUCUGUUAAGUGUGGAGUUUUGAAGCUGCCACUGUGGUUCUUUGUAUUGUGAUGGAUUUUUAUUGAAAAUUUCAGUCGGACAGAACAAAGUUUAUUACCGGUAAUAAAGACGAGGAAAGUAGAUCAUUAUAUGCCUAGUACAAUGACACAGGUUCGAGUGUUGUAUGAGGCAGUAGUGCUACACCCUGCGAAGGAAGGACAACGUCGCAUAGUUAGGAGUUAUUUAUCGCAACGAGUGAGUGGCCCCACAUCAAGCGAAUAAGUCCCAGGGGUGCGUGUCUGCGGACACAUGCAAGUGAAUUGACACCGUCUCGCAUGCACAAUAACCUUCAAAAGUGACCUGUAAUUGCUACGCCUGCACCGCCGCCUAGAGCCUCAUGCUGUAGACAUGCUUAUUUUCCUUGCCAAAAAAAAAAAGAAAAAUGUUGAAUAAAACUAGGUAACCUAGCGAGUGCAAUAAACUAUGUAUGAUUUUGUUUACAUUUUUAGGGACAAAGGUUACUAUACUUUUGUCUGUUAAUUUUUUUCAGUGACAGUUUUGUUGUUACAUAUCAAAUUCAAAUGGGAAUAGUUUCGUUAAUUUAUUCAUGUUUUACUGUUGAGCAUUUAAAAUAUUUUAUUAAUAUGCAUUAAGGGUUGUGUUUUUAGAGGAGGUUGAUAGAUGUAGUGAGGGAAGACAUGAGGGCAGCUGGUGUUAGAGAGGAGGAUGCAGGAGAUAGGCUUAACGUAUUUUCACGACCAUAAGGCGCACUUAAAAGUCUUAAAAUGUUCUACAAAAUGGACGCGACGCCUGAUAAUGCGCUGCUAGUAUGUGCUAGUAGGUAUAUAGCGCCGGUAUGUGCAUUUUGCAAAACAACAUCGGUUUGGCUAAGGACCCCCCCCAAAAUUGCACCUACGAAGAGACAAGCUUACAAAGCACAGUUUAAACUACAAGCUAUCAGUUACACGGAGGAACAUUGGAAUCGAGCAGCCGCGAGAGAAUUCAAGAUCAACGAAUCAAUGUUUUGCAAGUGGAGGAAGCAGGAAAACGAGCUUCGCCAAAUAAAGAGGACAAAGCGGCGGGCGAGUUACGCCAGCAUAUGUGAAUGGAUUGGGGAUGCCUGGGCUAAGGUAUCUGCUUUGACUGUUGUCCGAGCUUUCGCAUUUUUUAGCAGCCCCCCGGCAACGAGACUGACUCCGACAAUGACGAGAGGUAACCCGGCAUGUUUGAUGGAGAACUUGCCUAGCUGUUCAUUUCGGAUACAGAAGAUGAGGACUUUUGAUGAAUUUGUGGAUGAGAAUUGAUCAAAAAAUAAUGUGCGUACAAAUUGUUAAAUACUUCAAUAAAGUACAAUCGAACUCA